UACAAAAAUAUUUCUUUAUUCUUUUUUUUUGUAGAUAUUUAAUAAAUAAUUGUUUAUCAUUGAAAUUCAUAGAAAAAAAUAAUUAUAAAGAAAACACACUAAGAUUGUGACCCAUUUUACUAUCGAGACAAAUAAUUCAAUGUGAGUUACGACUAAGAUUGCGUGCACGAAGAUCGACGUCAGGUGUAAGUCGUUGACCUACUUUAGUCCCUAUUUUAAUCAACAACUUUUACAAUUUCGCAUACUAUAUUAAUUAUAUCCGAAAAAUGUGUUAAUUUCAAUUUCGUAUUAUCUUAUGAUAUUUAAUAAUAUUUUAGUAAAUCAUGUAAAUUGUAAUUCAAUUAAUAAAUUAAUACAUAAAACAUAUCAAUUUUGGAAUCUUAAUUAAAAAUGAUAAAUAUGAAUCAAUAAAUAUAUAAAUUUAUUAUAAAUUUAUACCAGAUUUUCUUGAAAUUUUUUUAGUAUUUUCAAAAUAUAUAUUUGAAAAUUAUAUAUACUUAUAAAUACUUAUUAAAAAUUCGAAAAAGAUGAAUCAAAUUUAAAACUUAUAAUUAAUACAUUAAAUAAUAGAAAACAUGUGUAUUAGUAUUUUUUAUUUCAUUUACAAUUUAUUAAUGGAAAAAUAAAAAUGAAAUAUCAAUUAUGUAAUGUUAUUAUAACAGAAAUUUAAAAUAAAAUCCCUCAUAAAUAAUAUUUUUUUAAAGGUUCGCUUAAUAUUCUUGAUAUUCUUCUAAGCAUUUUUUUUAUUAAAUAUUUCAUUAAUACGAAAUAUUUAUAAUUUUAAAUGCAAUUUUAUAAAAUAUAUUGUUUAAUGUAUAUUUAUAUUUAUAUUUAUAUAUAUAUUUAUAUUUAUUUAUAUUUAUAUUUAUUUAUAUUUAAAAUUAUUAUAUGUUGAAUAUAAAAUUGUUAAAAGUUAAUUGCUCAUUAUUUUUUUAAGAUAAUAUAUUUAAUAUUAAAUCAAUAGUUUAUAAACAUUAAUUUUUAAUUUUAAUUUUAAAGAAUAGUAGGGUAGAAAAGUAUAUAUAUAUUAGAAUUAAAGUUUGAAUUUAAUAAUAAAUAUCUAUUUCAUCAAAAUUAUUUUAUAUGAUAUUAUAUUAAUGAUAUUAUAUUAAAUAUUUUAACUACAAAUUAAGAUUUUUUUCUUUAUAAUAACUGCUAUAUUAUAGUUUAUACUCGUGAGAUAGUCAUGAUUUUACAAGGUUAGGUUAGAUGGAAAGUUACAUGGUCACUACUCAACAUAGCGUGUUUGGGUGUGGUUAAUACCGUGAGAUCUUUAAAUCAGUAGAUUUGAAUUGUUUGUCAUAUUCAUUGUGAUCUUUAGUAUUACAAAAUAAUUUUUUAUCAUGAAAAAAAGAAGUUUUUCCGGCAAUAUUGGUGUCGGUGUCUUUAUCAUUGCUUUUGUGUGUGUUUGCGUUGCAUUUAGUACACCAGCAUGGUUGGUGAGCGAUUAUCGUAUUACUGGUGCGAAACUUGAUAAAUUAGGCCUUUGGACUCAUUGCUUUAGAUCACUUCCAAAUCCUCAAGAAAUGGAUGCACCUAGACGCUUUUUUGUUGGUUGUAGAUGGGUUUAUGAUCCCUUUACUGCAGGAUAUACUGAUAUUCUUGGUUUUCUUCUACCUCCAUUUAUGAUAGCAACACAGUUUUUCUUUACUUUAUGCUUCCUGUUAAGUCUUAUAUCAUUUCUAUUGAUAUUAUUAUUUACUCUGUGCAGUGAUCCAGAACAAAAAUAUUAUGUACAACUUAUUAUGAUAAUUGGAUAUCUACUGCUUAUUGGUGGUAUAAGUGGUGGAUUGGCAGUAAUUAUAUUUGCUUGUUUUGGGAAUACUGAAGGUUGGAUGCCUGGACAUGCUAAUAAUUUUUUUGGUUGGUCUUUUAUAAUGGCAGUUGUGGGUAGUGUACUGAUUAUCAUAACAGGUGCACUUUUUCUUGUUGAAGCAAAUAUUCAACGUAAGAAACGAGAAUAUUUAAAAGAAUCUCAAACAAGAUUUCAACUUGAAUCUCGCACAUGAUCUAAAAUAAGAUUUGCACAAUAUUUUAAUACCAAAAUUUUGUAAUAUUAUUCCGUCCAUAUAUUAGCUAAUUUUUAAUAUUAGAUUUUUUUAUAUUGUUACUUUAGUACAAAGUAUAUUAUAAUAUGAUUAUUAAUAAUAAUAAGAUUUGUAUUUUUGUAAGUUUUAUAUAUACAUAUUAUGUAAAAUUAUACUAAAUAGUAUAGAAAAGGAAAUCUUUAUAUAUUAAUUUUAAUAUUUUUGUUAUUUAUUAACAUUUUUGAAAUUUAAAUAUAUAAAGUAAAAUUAAAUGAAAAUAUUGAAGAAUACUUAAUUAUUCUAUCAAGGAAUCUCAAUUUUAUGCAGUAAAAAUUUUUUUUUAUUAUAAAUAGGAAAUUGUUAAAUAUUGUAUAAACUUCACAAUGCAAAUAUCCACUGCCUAUAAUGAAUCUAUAUAUAAAAAAUUUAUAAUAAACACUUGUAAUUUACAUAUAUAAAAAUAUUAAGAUAUCAAUAUGUAAUAAUUUAAUUAUCCGUCCUCGAAUGUAUAUUGAAAAAAAUUACUUUUAAUUAAAUACAACAUAUUUUUUGUAAUAUAUGCAUUUUUCAAUAAAUGAAAUUAAAUAUUCAAA